GUAUUCACAGCGAAAAUCCCGUGUGUUUACGUCUGAGUCGGAUGGUCAAUACCAUGUGGUCUUUGUAGGAAAUAACGUUGGGGACGAAUAAUAAAGAAAGAUGGGUAUACGUGGCCUUCAUUCGUAUGUCCUUGAACAUGCAUCAAAAACACUUGAAUGGCACAAGCUUCACAACCGCAAUCUCAUCAUUGAUGGCAACAAUUUGGCACAUUUUUUGUAUGAUGAAUGUUCAGGCAUCAAUGCUUACUUUGGGGGCGACUAUGACAAAUAUGCAAAUUUUGUCCAGAAGUUUUUUGAAGGGUUAAAGAAGUGUAAUGUAAAAGUCAUCGUUGUGAUGGAUGGUGGCCAGCCUGUUGACGGCAGCAAAUGGGUAACAGUCCAAACCAGGUUGCAGAUGCAGCUUAGCAUGUGUCUGCGAGCCAGCCCCUCCAUAGCCAACUUCAAAAUUUUCCCCCCAAUGGGUCGCCAGGUCUUUGUGACAACUCUGCGCUCCAUGGACAUCACCAUCUUGCAGACUGACUUUGAGGCUGAUAUGGAAAUAGCAGUCCUUGCCAAGAACCUGGGCUACACAGUCUUAAGUAAUGACUCUGACUUCAUUGUGUGUGAUGUGCCCCUGAUCAGGCUGGAGUCCAUGAAUUACAAAAAUGUCAUCACUGAGACCAAUAAGAAGACUGGAGAAACCUACAGUUAUAUUCCCUGCUUUCUCUUCAACAGAGAAGAAUUUUGCACGACAGCUGGCAUCAACAAAGAACACCUGCCUCUCUUUGGCACCUUGUUGAGUAAUGACUACAUACCCCUUGGUGCCUUCUCCAACUUCUAUGUUCAGUUGCAGUCAGAGGUGCAGCAGCCUGGCCAUAAAAAACGCCGACAGGGAAAGUACUCGGACUUUACAGAAGGCCACCGCAGGAUAGUGAAUCUGUUGUCUUUCUUGUCCCGGCAUGCAUCCAAGCCUCUCAAGAAAAUUAUGAACAUUAUGUGUGAGGAGGAAUCAUCAGAAUUUGACAAUAAUAGCCAAGAUGGCACUGAUGUUAUGCUUCUCAACAGUGAUGGAGAGGAGGAAAACAAUGAGGCCGGUGAUGAAGAGGAGGAGGAAGAAAAUGAAAUGACCCAUGAAAAAGAGGGAAAGGAGAAAAGCAACGUGGUCACUGAUGAAGAGGAGGAGGAAGAAAAUGAAAUGAUCAAUGAAAAAGAGGGAAAGGUGGAAAGCAACAUGGUCACUGAUGAAGAGUAUGAGGAAAUGGUCAGUGAAGAAGCGAAAGGUCUGCCAUUGCAGCAAAGCAUAACACAUGCAGAGGGGCAAUCCAGUGGCCAAAAUAGAGGUAUAAAGAGAACAAAUCAUGAGAUCACGAAAAAAAGCAGAACACAUGCCACUCAUAUCCAGAAAAGAAGAAAACAGACUACCCAGGAUAGGAGGGGCAGACCAGUACAGAGGAAGCACCUCAGGUGGUUCAUUAGAAAUGGUGAUAGAUUAUGGAUAAAAGAUAUUUUCUUCUUGGGGAGACAAAGUGCAGAUUUGUUACCCUCCCUUGAUGAUGUUGAGAAAAUGUCUCUCUAUGAUAAGAAAAUUGCAUUUUAUAGAAUGUUAAAUUUGGAGUCCAGAUUCCAGCAUCUAGAAUUACCUGAUGAUUUGGAGUUAAUCCUUGAUUUCAUCCUUUUUUGGUUCAAGAACAGCAGCAUAGAUUUGGCAGACAUCCAUGGCAUAGCAGCACUGAUAUGUAUUAUCCAGUAUUAUAUCAUAGAUGGCAAGAAUGGCCGGGUGAGAACUAAGAAGAGAUUUGAAGAAGCACCAGCUGCUGAAGAGAGAGUUCAGAAAUUGAAGAAGGAUCGUGACUAUUCAAAUCAAAAUGCUUCUGUCAUAGAGCUGUUGUACAAUAUGAGUCAUGACGAAUGUCUGGUAGCUGGAAGCAAUCUCUUCAGUUAUCAUCAUAUGAGGAAGAAUAUGAGCGCUCAGGAAUUCAACAUAAGAACUGUACAUGCCUUCAGUGAGUUUCAAUCAUGCGUGUACUUCAUGCAGCUGGUUAAUAGUUUGUUGUGCUUCCCCUUCCCUCUUUUGAGUAUUGAGUUUCUGUGGGGCGGGACUUUCAGUUACAACAUUUUCCACCAUUUGAAGAGGUGUGGAGAUCCAGUGAUUUGGACUAGACAAACACUGGGAAUGGGAACAUGUCUGGAGAGGUUGUUUUUCAAGCUUUAUUGUGCAAUUUCGAAGAAACACAGGCUGCCAAUCUUGAGAGGGAAGAAAAGGAAGCCUAGCAGAAGCGAGAAAAAAAGGAGAGGCAUUAACCUAAGGCAGGAAAAUGUGCUGGUUUCCACAAAGAAAGAAACGAAAGAAAACCCACUGACUCAGCUGGACAAUCGUUUUGAAGGACUUGAGAUUGAUGGGAUGGAGAUUUCUAUAUAAUAUAGGUAUCCACAAAUUGUUUGGUUUGGGAGUUUCAGAUGUACAUAUGAGAGCAUGUUUGAUUGGUUUUGUAGUUGUAUAUGUAUAAAUCUGUUAUGUUACAAGGCAUUAGUAUUCAUGUAGAUGUUAACAGUGAAAAAGAUGAUGAUUAUGUAUUUCAGUGAUAAUUAUUAAAAAAUACCAGCUGCUAUAGAUAAUAUAUAUUUUUUAUCAGUAAGCAUAGGGUGUGAGAACUUUUGUAAUGUUGAGCAAUUGAUGAAUUCUUCAAUUAAAAGAAAGUUAUA